CCUCUCGCUUCGUCUCUUCCUGUCUGCUGAUAGCUACAUCUUCGGUAGCUGCCAGCUAGCAGUUCUCAGCGUCAACGUUAGCAAGGUACGUGGCCAAAGUUUACUAUACUGCAAUGCUAGCCAGCAAAGUAUAUAAAUGACUUGGAAAAAACUAACUUGCUUAAUAAUCUCUGCGAUUGUCAAUGUAGCUUAAUCGAAGAUCCAAGAAGUCUGAAUUCCAGGUCACAGUAGCUAGUGCUGCUAGCUACAUAAACACAACUGACUGGAAUCCACACGAGCUCCGUUAUGUGAGUAUUGCAUUAUCAGAUCAACAGACCUCAACAGCAGCUGAUUUGUUAUUAUUCACAGCAAUUAAGAUGGGGGGAAAUGAUUGUGCGGGAGUCAAUGUCAGAUUCAAUCAAAUAAUUCGUAUAGUUGUGUUCUGAAUCUGUCCAUGAACAGUGUUCCAUCUGAACUUAUUUUCCAUUACCAGACAAUGUCUUUGGCUCGGAUGUUUUGCCGUUUAAAUGGCUAUUUGCAACCAAUAUCGAAAGCACAGGCUCCGUUGGUCUCUGGAUUCAUACGAACCCAGAAUGAAGUGAGACAUUGGCAGCAUACUGCUCCACAAUCGACGAGUUGUCACUGGCAGCUUCAGGAAGAAUGCCUUGGUAAGUAUGACUAUUUGUCAGCCCUUUACCAAACUCUAUAUGAACAUUUGAUUUGCUCUAGACAGUCUGUUUUUGAAUACAGCUACAUAUGUGUCUGCCCUUCUUUAUGAGGCUUUCGAAACACUCCCUGCUCUUUGUAGUUGAAUCUGUACUUGAAGUUCAAUACUUGACUGAGGGACCUUACAUAUGUUGUAUGUAUGGGGGACAGAGGAAGGGUUAGUCAUUUAAAAAAAUAAUGUCAACCCCUAUUAUUUCACACGGAGUGAGUCCAUGUAACUUAGGUGAUUUGUUAAGCCACAUUUUACUGCUGAAUUAAUUUAGGCUUGCCUAAACAAAGGGACUGAAUACUUAUGCAUUUACUAUUUUAGUUAUACAGUGAGGGAAAAAAGUAUUUGAUCCCCUGCUGAUUUUGUACGUUUGCCCACUGACAAAGAAAUGAUCAGUCUAUAAUUUUAAUGGUAGGUUUAUUUGAACAGUGAGAGACAGAAUAACAACAAAAAAAUCCAGAAAAACGCAUGUCAAAAAUGUUAUAAAUUGAUUUGCAUUUUAAUGAGGGAAAUAAGUAUUUGACCCCCUCUCAAUCAGAAAGAUUUCUGGCUCCCAGGUGUCUUUUAUACAGCUAACGAGCUGAGAUUAGGAGCACACUCUCAAAUGGAGUGCUCCUAAUCUUAGCUUGUUAACUGUAUAAAAGACAACUGUCCACAGAAGCAAUCAAUCAAUCAUAUUCCAAACUCUCCACCAUGGCCAAGACCAAAGAGCUCUCCAAGGAUGUCAGGGACAAGAUUGUAUACCUACACAAGGCUGGAAUGGGCUACAAGACCAUCGCCAAGCAGCUUGGUGAGAAGGUGACAACAGUUGGCGCAAUUAUUCGCAAAUGGAAGAAACACAAAAUAACUGUCAAUCUCCCUCAGCCUGGGGCUCCAUGCAAGAUCUCACCUCGUGGAGUUGCAAUGAUCAUGAGAAUGGUGAGGAAUCAGCCCAGAACUACACGGGAGGAUCUUGUCAAUGAUCUCAAGGCAACUGGGACCAUAGUCACCAAGAAAACAAUUGGUAACACACUACGCUGUGAAGGACUGAAAUCCUGCAGCGCCCGCAAGGUCCCCCCGCUAAAGAAAGCACAUAUACAGGGCCGUCUUAGGUUUGCCAAUGAACAUCUGAAUGAUUCAGAGGAGAACUGGGUGAAAGUGUUAUGGUCAGAUGAGACCAAAAUGGAGCUCUUUGGCAUCAACUCAACUCGCCGUGUUUGGAGGAGGAGGAAUGCUGCCUAUGACCCCAAGAACACUAUCCCCACCAUCAAACAUGGAGGUGGAAACAUUAUGCUUUGGGGGUGUUUUUCUGCUAAGGGGACAGGACAACUUCACCGCAUCAAAGGGACGAUGGACGGGGCCAUGUACCGUCAAAUCUUGGGUGAGAACCUCCUUCCCUCAGCCAGGGCAUUGAAAAUGGGUCGUGGAUGGGUAUUCCAGCAUGACAAUGACCCAAAACACACGGCCAAGGCAACAAAGGAGUGGCUCAAGAAGAAGCAUAUUAAGGUCCUGGAAUGGCCUAGCCAGUCUCCAGACCUUAAUCCCAUAAAAAAUCUGUGGAGGGAGCUGAAGGUUCGAGUUGCCAAACGUCAGCCUUGAAACCUUAAUGACUUGGAGAAGAUCUGCAAAGAGGAGUGGGACAAAAUCCCUCCUGAGAUGUGUGCAAACCUGGUGGCCAACUACAAGAAACGUCUGACCUCUGUGAUUGCGAACAAGGGUUUUGCCACCAAGUACUAAGUCAUGUUUUGCAGAGGGGUCAAAUACUUAUUUCCCUCAUUAAAAUGUAAAUCAAUUUAUAACAUUUUUGACAUGUGUUUUUCUGGAUUCUUUUGUUGUUAUUCUGUCUCUUACUGUUCAAAUAAACCUACCAUUAAAAGUAUAGACUGAUCAUGUCUUUGUCAGUGGGCAAAACGUACAAAAUCAGCAGGGGAUCAAAUACUUUUUUCCCUCACUGUAUAUAUAAUUGUUCUUCCACUUUGACAUUAGAGUAUUUUGUAAAUUUAAAUCUGUUUUAAUCCCAUUUUGUAACAAUAAAAUGUGGAAAAAUCUGAUGGGUCUGAAUAUUUCUACAAGGCACAAAUAGUAAUUGCAUAUGUCCUAGACUACCCCUUUUUUAAGUAAUACAUUCAAUGCAGUAUUAGACUAUGAAUGAUGGGCGGCAGGUAGCCAAGUGGUUAAGAGCAUUGAGCCAGUAACCAAAAGGUUGCUGGUUCGAAUCCCCUAGGUGAACAAUCUGUUGAUGUGCCCUUGAGCAAGGCACUUAACCCUAAUUGCUCCUGUAAAUUGCUCUGGGUAAGAGCGUCUGCUAAAUGAUUAAAAUAUAAAUGUUAAGCUUCUAAUUUAGCGUCUGUCUUCACUUUUGCGCAUUACACACUGGCUCUCCGCUGGCCUCUCUCCUUAGCGCUUGUGGAGUCCCAGGAAAAGCUAGACUAGAAUAGAUUGCUGGAUUUUUUUGUUGUUGCAUUUCUUAUACUAAUAGACCAGGGAUUAGCAACUGGAUUCAGCCUUGGGCCGAUUUUUUUUAAUUUCUUGAGCGGGAUGGUCGGGGGCCGGAACAUCAUUACAAAUAAUUUGUAGACUAUAAAUUGACCGCAAGAAGGCCAAACAGAUAUAAUAUUUUACUAAAACAUAAUCAUUUCUCAAACCUUGCUUACAUUUGUAUACGAUCACGUCUCUCUAUUAUGCGUGGGAAUACUUGGGAACAGAUUUCCAAAAUUAAAAUAACCUAUAGCUGAUUUCCAUGUGUUUUUACAGUCUUUUAUGUCCCAAAUGUUUUUUAUAUAUAAAAAAAAAAAAUCUCAGAACUUGGAGGCCAAAUAAAACCACUUGGUCCGCGCCAGUUGGGGAACCCUGUAAUAGACCAUUCGAAGACGGAUGCAAGCUUGCUCUUGUUUGCUGAAUGUUAAAUACAGCAGCCAAAGGAACUCACAGAGUUUGAAAGAAGAGACCCACUGGGCACAGACGUCAGUUCAACGUCUAGUUUUGAUUUACAUUUGGUUGAGUAGUCAACUAACGUGAAAUCAACAAAAAAUGUCACCAUGACAUUGGAUUCUGGUUAAAAGUUGGGUAAAAAAAAAAAUUAUGCUGUUACGUUGAUUACUUUUUGCAAAUCCAAUCAGUUUUCCAUGUUGAUUCAAUGUCAUCCCAUAGAUUUUUUUGAUUGAAAUUACAUGGAAACAAUGUUGAUUCAACCAGUUUUUGCCCAGUGGGGAGAGAGUGCGCGAUGGCGAUAGACUAUAGCAGUUAUUUACAGACCCAUAACCAUUCAAUCUUCGUGAAGAGAAGAAAAAGCCAUCUGCAUCUUAUUCUAGUCCUAUAUUAUUCAUGUCAUUACAAUGAUGAAGAUAAGGUCAGAAUGAUUGGCCUAAGAAAAAAGCAUUGCAUUUCUUGUCUAUCAUUCCUAAUGGCAAUUUCCCUUGUCACAACUGCAUUCACUGUUAUGCCAUGAUCAGCGGGAACUCUCUUAUCCAUCCCCACACGGGUGAGAGGAUAAAGAUUUGGUAGAAUAACCUGUAAAGCAAAAUAUGUUGUAUAUCUCCUUAAGUGUUCCUUUGAAUUUUAUUAUGUGGGUAAGAAAGACCAAACUCUUGCCCCAGCAGGUCUCAAUAAGGAAUGUUCCUUUUCUUGUUUUUAAUAUACCCUCCUAUAGGCGAUGACAUCAUAAUGUAUCAAAUUGAUUUGAUUUGAUUUAUUGUGUGUUUGUGUAUAUAUAUUUUACAUAUUAAACCCUAGUCUGGACCUGGCACUUCACACUUGAAUAGGCCAGUUUCCACAUGAUAGACUAAUAUGUACUUGUAAAUCUGACAUUUGAAUCGGCAGAGCUCAGCUAUGGAGGGCUUGUGAUGCACUUUGCCUAUGUGUGGCUACGGGAUCAUUGCCGCUCUGCCUCCUGCUUCAACAGCAAGACCAACCAGAGGAACCUGGAUACAGCAAAUGUGGAGCUAAACAUACGUCCCACCAACACCAGGGUGGAUGAUGAGAAUAUCUUCCUCACAUGUAAGUCUUGGUUUGAAGAUUGAUUUUCCCAACUAAGAGGGAGAGAAAAUAUUCUCUACCCAGUUCGUCGCACAUCACAUACAGUAGGUGGCUUUCUUUGUUUUGAUUUGUUGUAGAUUUUAAUUUUUUCUCCUUAUGAAUAGCUACAGUUGGUUUUGGCAUGAAACACAGUUUUCUUUGGAACCAAAGUGAAAAAUUGAUUUUGUUUCUUUCCUUUGGACUCUAUUGGAAGCCCAUAUUAUGGAGGAGCCUAGCCUAAAAUUAUCUUCUCCACUGCCAAACCUGAGAUAGUUAUAUCUUCUUAAAAACAAGCAUCUUUUGGGGAGAUCUUUGACUCUUGAAAAAGCUUGUAAUGUACUGCAGAUAUUGCUGCCAUAUGCUUUAUUUGAAUUACAUGUUUGUACAAUGGUACAUCUUUUCACAAGGCAUUGGUUAAACUGUAACCGUUCACUUACUCAGGGUGCAAUCGGUUGAACAUUUCAGUGAGGUACUGUAUCUAGGUCAGUUUGAUGUCGUCAAGAACUCUAAAUCCAUGCCAGUAGUUAAGCCUAUCAUUUGAUAAUUUUCAAUGGAGAACCGCAAUCCCAUUUUCUCUAUGGCAGAACUGUGAUCUAUGCGCCUAUUGUUACUCAUCAUUCUUUUUAACAGUUAUUGAAUGUAUAUUAGAAGGAAUUGUCUUUGAUUUGUCUACCCCAGGGCCUGAUGGUCACGUGACAAGGUACAACCUGAGUUGGCUGGCUCAGAACAGCUAUGAGGGACAGAAGCAGAGUGCCAUGCAGCCACGCAUCAUCUGGAACUCAGACAUCUAUACCAGUGCCAAGGUGCCCUCUGCCAACUGGGACAAGUUUAUGAGCUGUGAUGAUGAACUGAAAAAGUUCCUUAGGAGCUUUCUGCUGUAUGGCAUUGCUUUUGUGGAGGGCGUCCCGCCGACUGUUGAGGCCACAGAGACUCUUACCCAGAGGGUCAGCCUCAUCAGGUAUAGUAAGCCCCUCUGUGAUUGCCUGGGGUAGGGAAUGAGAAGGGGGGUUGAGGGGGCUUAAAAGUAACGGCAUACCACCCACCACAAUGCAUACGAAACAUGCAUGGUUUUAGAGUAGGGAUUAUUUAAUAAGGAAUGAGAACAAACACCCCAGAUAUCUAUUUUUGGGGGCCAUUAAAUAAGCUUGAUAUUUAUCAGGGUUGGCUUGUUUACACUCUUUGUAUUGCAAAGUAACAGUGCUACAGAGAAGGUUUUGGUUUCUUUAACAACAAGUUUGAUACUUUUGUCAAACUCGGCACUUGGAAUGGAGGGUGGAUUUGUCAAAAGAAUGGGCAUUGUGUCUCCUCUGCCAGUGUACUGAGAGAGGAGAGGUACUUUGUUCUCAUUAAUCCACCAGGUCUGUUCAUUAAUGACUCUGCAGGUGGUGUGGUUUUGAAGUUUCAAACGCCUGAGCAAGCGCACUAAUCCCUCUUUGUACUGGACUCUACUUUGGGGUGAAGAGGAGGGAAGGGAGGGAGGGAGGGAGGAAGCAGCGUGUAUUAGAAAUUCAUUGCACAUGGUUGCCAGAUAAGGACAUUUUCGUAUUGUAGUCCAGUGAGGAUAUUUGGUAAUCAGAAGUAAUUGCCCUCCUCCUGACACCCCAAAGAAACAAAAUAUCACUCACUAUUUGGAUCACAGUUGCCAUUAUAAACUUUUUUGAAUUGUUCUUGUACUAUAUAAUGUUUUAGGUAUCACUUUUGAAACAGUUGACUCUACUUUGUGUUUUCAUUCUUGUUUCUUACUAGGGAGACUAUGUAUGGCAAGAUGUGGAACUUCACAUCCGAUUUCUCCCGAGGAGACACUGCCUACACCAAACUGGCACUGGACCGUCAUACAGACACCUCAUACUUCCAGGAGCCAUGUGGGUAUGUAUUUAGAUCGAUGUUCACACAUGGAUUAUUUGAACUGUAUUGGAGUGAUCAUGUCAGGUCAAAGUAUCAAGGCAGCACACCUGUUGAUCUGUAUCUUGGUUAGGUUGAGAUUCCUCAGAUGAAGACACACUUUAGACAUCUUAGGUUAUUGUGUUAGGCUAUUACAGUGAUGUUACAAAAACUGUAACAGUUGUAACAACAGAUCCAGCAUUGUGAAACAGGCCAUUCCUUUUGCAAGCUGCAGUUGGACACUGUUUAAUCACCUGCUUAUGACCUUUUAAAGACAUGCUCCGGAACUUUGGCAACUAGUAAGUACUUUUUAAACCUCCUGCUGUGGACUGAAUGUGUAGUUCAUACAUGCAGAAUUACUGUCUUACCUCAAUUAGCCACAAAAUCCCUAGUUUGAAGCGACCGUUUUCUGGAGGUUGUGCAGCGCCAUUUUCCCUACAAUUUCCCCCACGUGGGCCAGCUCCUGGCGAUUUGAGUUCUAGCCAAUGAGCUUUAGCCUUUCGCCAUUUGAGUGACAGCUAGCAAGACGCACACACAGCAGAGCGAGAGAGAGAGAGCAAUGACGUGGUGCAUAUAUGUGAUAUAGUAUGCAAUUUUCGGGGAACACUUUUGGCUUGUGAGCGCUACUUUCUGAACUACUGGCUAAAAAGUAUACAAAAGUACCGGAGAAUCUCUUUAACUGAUAAGACACAAGCCAGAUGCACAUUGCUAUGCCACAGACUUCUUGAAUCUUGAUAAAAUAAGAUAUAGUACAACAUGAAACUAAGCUCUACCUUGGCCUCCCAUGAAAUUACAGGGCAAUACGCCAUCUACUGGGCAUUUCAUAAUAACGUGACUUACUUUGAUGCCAUUGACUGUGACUUGCAGGAUCCAAGUGUUCCAUUGCCUUAGACAUGAGGGAACGGGAGGAAGAACACUACUUGUAGAUGGAUUCUAUUCUGCAGACAAAGUGCUCCAGAAGACGCCUGAAAACUUUGAGCUGCUAGCACGGGUUCCUAUCAAGCAUGAGUACAUUGAAAAUGUCAGCGACCACCACAACCACAUGAUCGGCAUUGGCCCUGUGCUCAACGUGUAUCCCUGGAACAAUGAGGUGUACAUGAUCCGGUAUGACCAGUCUGUUGUAAUUUGAGAUGAUCCGGUAUGACCAGUCUGUUCUAAUUUGAGAUGUGUAUGUCUCCCUGAAUGUCUUGCUUUAAACAUAUCUUCCAACGUCAUUGGCCAUACAACCUUACAUUAACCAGUCUUGGUUACCUAUUAACUCACAAUGUUGUAUGCAUUUGAAAAAUUUGACACCCAUCGAUACAAAUUAACUCACUUUGGAAGGUUCUUAGUGGAAGGCUCAGGAUCUGGUGCUCAUAUGCAGCAAAACGUUUGUUAUUCCAGCUCCUUUGAGAUCAAUGUAAUGAAUAUAUGAUCUGAUAUUGAGUAUUAAUAUGGUAUCACCUUCUGUUUGGUUGCCUGUCUUACAGAUACAAUAACUAUGACCGUGCAGUCAUAAACACUAUCCCCCAUGACAUUGUCAAGCGAUGGUAUGUGGCUCACAGAGAGUUGACCACAGAGCUGAGGAAGCCGGAGAAUGAGUUGUGGGUCAAACUGAAGCCUGGAAAGGUAAGGAAAAAUAGUUGCCUUUUCAUUGAUCUAGCCCGAAAGGAUUUAGCACUACAUGACCAGUUGAGCUAGAUAUUGAUAUAAAAGGGGGGGGGGGGGGGAAACAUCCCCCACUUAACUGAAAACCAGGAUUGAACUGCAGGUGACGGGUGAAGUCUUACAAAAUCUUACACAAAAAAUAUGUUCCCUCUUUUUCUGUAAGGUUCUCUUCAUCGAUAACUGGCGUGUCAUGCAUGGCCGGGAGUCCUUCACAGGCCUGCGGCAACUGUGUGGCUGCUACCUGACCAGAGACGACGUCCUGAACACUGCCCGCUCCUUGGGUCUGCAGGCCUGAGUGAAGAAGAGCCACCCUGAGUCUCCAACCCUUCCAGCCAACACCAAAGUCCUUUAGAGAUAAAGCAGGACUUCAGCCCGGUACCAUCAGAAAAGCACCAUCACCCAGUCAGUCAUAAAUAAAUGUUUAAGGAUACCGAAAAGUCUUAUAGAAUCAAAUCGUUUUUGUAUUAUGAGCAUUUACUGAGUGAAAUCAUGUAUUUCCACUGCAUGAAUGCAGUUAGAUAUUGUUCAUGCAGAACUAAAUGCCAUUCCUAAUAUGGGCAUAAAAUAAUUGUACUGUACUUCAGAAAUAUUCUCUACCCAGAAAUAUUUUACAUGAGAAGAUAAUAUUAUUAGAUUUGUUGAAGUCCAGAAAAUGGACUGAUCUGUUUGGGAUAGAAGAUCUGUAGACAUACAUUAUGUAUGCA